UGUCACUCUGACAAGUGGGCGCGCGUGACCGCCAACUCUCGCUCCAGGAAGUGCCUGUCAGGCAGGCAGCAGCAGUCAUCAGCGCCGCGAACUAUCCGGAUCAGCAGCAUGGAGAGCGGGGCAUACGGGGCGGCUAAAUCCGGGGGGAGCUUCAAUUUGGAGCAGUUUCUCAAACGGCCGGAGACGAUAUUGCGGCUCUUAAGCGCUGUUUUUGCACUCAUUGUUUUCGCCUGUAUUUUGACUGAUUGCUACAGUAGUAGCCCAGAAGGAGGAGGUUUAUACUGCAUUUUUAAUAAAAGUGAUGCUUGCCACUAUGCGGAGGGGAUCGGAAUUAUAGCCUUCAUAGGGUCACUGUUAUUUCUGGGAUUAGAUGCUUACUUCCCAACGCUCAGCAACAUCAACACCAGAAAGUACAUUGUAAUGUCAGACUUGGGCUUCGCAGGCCUUUGGACUUUCUUGUGGUUUGUGGGAUUCUGCUUCCUGGCCAAUCAGUGGGCAAACACACCGAAUGAUAUAACUCAGACGGGUUACGCCAAUGCCAGAGCAGCCAUUGCGUUCAGCUUCUUUUCCAUUCUCUCCUGGUUCCCACUUGCAACUUUAGCCUAUAAGAGGUUCAAGCUGGGGGUGGAUGAUUUCACCACAAACUACACGGAUCCCAGUCUGGAAACUGCGCCUCCAUAUUCCAGCUACCCUGACGCUGUCACUGAUAACUACCAGCGACCACCAUUCACACAAAACUCAGAAACAGAAGAUGGCUAUAAACCACCAACUUAUUGAAAAGACCUAAAUACAUUCAGAGCUGUAUAGACACACAAUCAUACGGCUGCUCCACCAGAGGCUACGGGCACAGACUGUCAAAUCUAUGGCUGCAGAGCCUAGCUAUGCUUCCAAUGUGCCUUUCUUUUGUUCCCUGCAAUGUGCCAGCAGUCCGAUGUUUGUUCUGAUCAUCUACAGGGAUGCCUUGCCUCCUGUUUGUGUCAAUCACACAUAGCUGCAUGUUUAAGAUCAUACAAAUGUUAAGUGCAUUUUCAAUGGUUUGUUUUUAUUUGUGAUUCGUUCUAUACAUUGAUAUAGAUAGAUAUUGAUUCAUUUUGCACUAGCGGUUAGGUUUGACUUGCAAUUGAUCACUGGAUAUUUAUUAUACCCUCUGUGUACACGCAACGAUGCUGUAGCCAGGAUCGCAAGUAUGUAGCCAGUAUAUUAACCUAAAGCAGAGAGCAUGGGGUGGUGGGAUUCUUUGUAAAAUGCUCUCUGGUGCAAUUUUCUGUUAUAAACUAGUAUAGUUACUUAUUCUAGCACUGUUUUUUUUUUUUUUUUUUACAUUUCCAAAGACUUGUAGUAAUCUUAAGCACUAAUACAACUCCAAAAUCUAAGUAUUUAGAUUACUAGCAUUCACUUGUUUACAUUAAAGUGAAAUAUUAGAAUAUGGAUGAUUUUCUGUUUUGCCAUAAACCGGUUGUUCUUAAACAUCCUUACAUCACAGUAUCCUAGAGUAUAACCAUUUUUUUUAUACGGCACACUUAGGCUAAAAGUUUCUUCAGCAACGUGGUUAAAUGAAGUACAUUGGGGCAGAUGUAUUAACCUGGAGAAGGCAUAAGGAAGUGAUAAACCAGUGAUAAGUGCAAGGUGAUAAACGCCAACAGCCAAUCGGCUCCAAUAUGCAAAAUGGCAGGAGCUGAUUGGCUGGUGCGUUUAUCACCUUGCACUUAUCACUGGUUUAUCACUUCCUUAUGCCUUCUCCAGGUUAAUACAUCUGCCCCAAAAUUGUGUUUACUGGUCAUCCUUAGAUUCAGUUAUGUAGUGGUGGACAGGGCUGCACUUGUUUGUUCACUUAUUUUGUUAGGCAAAACUAGUGGUGGUUACCAAUCACAUUGACCAUAAUUAAUUUGAUUUGGUCCUGGACCACUUACCCCUGGCACCCCUGUAAAUGCCCUGUGGCACUCUGUUUGCCAACCACUGCUAUAAACCAUUGUAUAGAAAUGUAUAUUUACUUUUCAUAUAACCACUGCCUUUUAAAUGCCAAACUUUUCCUGGUGUAGGGUCCUCGAUUUGGUGCCUAAAGGAUAGUGACACUGCUUUGCUGCAGUUGCUACAUGAGGCAGCUGUUCAUGUUUAAACAAUUUGCUGUUUGAGUAUUGUUGGAUGAAGGGUUUGGAGAUGUAAUCAUUCUGGUGUUGUGGAGGAUUAAAACAAGUUACAUUUACUGCAUGGCACAGGUUGGAAUUUCAAUAAAGCUUUUUAUUCACCAAA